CAUCAGUAGAAUAUCUGUUUUUCCAUAGUUUACAGUUGAAUAAACGAUGAAGUCUCUGCUUCUAUUAGCCAGCGUGCUUUGCCUUGCGCUGAUCGUAUCCGCACGCCCGUCCGGUGAGACUACGGAUCAAGAAUCAUCAACCGAGCUAAGCGAAGGCACCUCUGAUGACUACUCUCAGGAAGAGGAUACAUCCGAAACCGAUGCUACAGCUGGUACGGAUGAAAGUGAAUCCGAAGAUGGCACCGGCGAGUUAGAAUCUUCUUCGGGAGAAGAUCAUGCCGACGAUGCUGAAGGCGCUGAAGAACACGAAGAUGGUAGUGAAGAUACUGCUGGAGAGGAAGGUGACGCAGGUGAAGAAGGUGAAGCAGGUGAAGCAGGUGAAGAUGGUGAGGCAGGAGAAGCAGGGGAAGCUGGCGAGGAAGGUAAAGCUGGCGAAGAUGGUGAAGCUGGCGAUGAUGGUGAAGCCGGUGAAGAAAGCGGAUCGGAAGGUGGCGAAGAAUCUCCCAUAAAUACUUACCGUCAGGUGCAUACGCUGUUGGAAAAUAUCAUGAAAGUUGGCACGAAGGACAGUUACUUGAAGUCCUACAUUUUGGCCCGUCUACAGGAACGUCUCAUGAACCCGACAAUCGAUCUAGUCGGCACUAUCUCCAAAUAUUCCAAGAUUAAGGAAUGCUUCAGCUCCCUGGCAAAUGACGUAAGUACACUCGUGAAGGAUUCCGAAAAAUCUUACGAAGAGUGCAACAAGGACAAGAAUAAUGCUAACUGCGGCACUGAAGGUACGCGAGGGCUUGACGACGGUCUUGUCGAACGGCAACGCCAAUUAUCGGAUUGUAUCGUUGAAAAACGUGAUUCGGCGUAA